AUGGCUACCCCUAGUGUCCUCGCUUUUGACGCUGAGGGUCGGGCCAUUGACUUUGAUGUCUGGAUAGAUGACCUGCAGCUUUUCUUACAGUGCGACAGGGCAGACGGCCUCUCCCUCUUUGACCUCACUUCUGGUGCCUCUCCUGCCCCCGCUGCUGAUGCUGACGCCACUGUUCGCUCACAGUGGGCCACGCGCGAUGCUGCUGCACGUCUUGCUGUGCGUCGCCACCUGCCUACCUCUGAGCGUGCGCACUUUAGCCAGUACAAGAGUGCUCAGACCUUGGGUGUUCCCCCUCCCCCCUUUUUGCCCUCUGUUGCCUCUGCUGCUGCGGCCGACCUCGUUGGGCUUGAGUCAGUCGGUGCGGCGUCUACCCCUAGCAGGAGACGUCGCCCUGGCAAGGGCAAGGGGGGCAGGGGCACUGGAGGAGCUAGCGGGGGCGGUGGAGGCGGAGGUGGAGGCGGUGGAGGGGGUGGGGUGGCGGUGGGGGUGGUGGCGGGGGUGGAGGCGUCGGUGGCGGCAGUGGAGGCGGAGGCGGGCGGCGGCGGUGGCGGUGGGAGCGGAGGUGGCGGCGGUGGAGGAGGAGGCGGCGGAGGAGGUGGAGCUGGUCGGGGUGGCGCUGCGCAGAGGGUCGGCUCCGGUGGUGGUCAGCGCCAGCAGCAGCAGCAGCAGCAGCAGCAGCAGCGCACUCGUGACAUCCCCUCCCCUCAGCAGCUCCGUGAGUGCUGUCUUUGA